AAGGAAAGUCAUCAUGGGAGCAUUUUUAGACAAGCCAAAGAUGGAGAAGCAUAAUGCCCAGGGGCAAGGGAAUGGGCUUCGUUACGGUCUGAGUAGUAUGCAAGGCUGGCGAGUUGAAAUGGAGGAUGCACACACGGCUGUGAUUGGUUUGCCAAAUGGACUUGAUGGGUGGUCGUUUUUUGCUGUAUAUGAUGGGCACGCUGGAUCACAGGUUGCCAAGUACUGCUGUGAGCAUUUAUUAGAUCACAUCACAAGCAACCAGGAUUUUAAAGGGCCAGAUGGGCCACCAUCUGUGGAAAGUGUAAAGAGCGGCAUCAGAACAGGUUUUCUGCAAAUCGAUGAACACAUGAGAGUCAUCUCCGAGAAGAAACAUGGUGCAGACAGAAGUGGGUCAACAGCUGUGGGUGUCAUGAUUUCUCCCCAACAUACAUACUUCAUCAACUGUGGAGACUCGAGAGGUUUACUUUGUAGAAACAGGAAGGUUCACUUCUUCACACAGGAUCACAAACCAAGUAAUCCACUGGAGAAAGAGCGUAUCCAGAAUGCAGGUGGCUCUGUAAUGAUUCAGCGUGUGAAUGGCUCUCUUGCUGUUUCAAGGGCACUCGGGGACUUUGAUUACAAAUGUGUCCAUGGGAAAGGUCCUACAGAACAGCUAGUCUCACCUGAGCCUGAAGUUUAUGAAAUUGAGAGAUCAGAAGAAGAUGAUCAGUUCAUCAUACUGGCUUGCGAUGGUAUCUGGGAUGUUAUGGGAAAUGAAGAGCUGUGUGACUUUGUAAGAUCCAGACUUGAAGUCACUGAUGACCUUGAGAAAGUUUGCAAUGAGAUAGUUGACACCUGCUUGUACAAGGGAAGUCGAGACAACAUGAGUGUGAUAUUGAUCUGUUUUCCGAAUGCACCAAAGGUAUCGCCAGAGGCGGUGAAAAGAGAGGCAGAGUUGGACAAGUACCUGGAAAGCAGAGUAGAAGAGAUCAUAAAGAAGCAGGGUGAAGGAGUCCCAGACUUAGUCCACGUGAUGCGUACGUUAGCAACUGAGAGCAUCCCAAACCUCCCGCCGGGAGGUGAAUUGGCGAGCAAACGGAGUGUAAUUGAAGCUGUUUAUAACAGACUGAACCCCUACAGGAAUGAUGAUACUGAUUCUGCCUCAACUGAUGAUAUGUGGUAAAACUGCUCAUCUGGCUGUGGAGUUCACGUUUCAUCCUUCAAAUGAAAGUGCAGCCCAACCUCAGUGACCCUUCUUAACGUCCAUCCUCAACCUUAAUUAAAGAAGGGAAUAUGAUGUGUGGGUGAGAGUGACUACAGCAGUACAACAUCUAGCCCAGGAACUGAUUUUUUUUGUAAAACAGACUUCUGUACACGUGAUUUCCAACCAUAAUUCAUGUUGUAAAUCAGACUCCAGCAAUUUAUGUUGUAUGAUUUUGUUUUUGUAAAGUGCAAUUGUCUUUGUACAAAAUGCUCAUAUUUAAUUAUGAACUGCUUUAAAUCACUAUAAAGGUUAGAAGAAAUGUUUGGCUUGUGUGAUGCAACAAUAUAUAUCCCUUUAAAUUCAUGUUGUGGUUUUGGAUUGCAAGGAGCAGCAGCCUAGCCAGCUAGGUGCUCAAGAGGUGCACAAUAUAAAGAUAACUUUUUGUUUUAUAUGAAAGCAGAACUUGUGGGCAACUUACCAGAAAUUCCAGUGUGUGAAUUUGCUUGGCAAUGGAAAAAAAAAAACCCCAAAACUAAAAGUAGUGCACAUUCUUCUACAAACGUAUCUCGUUUUCUUGGACGCCCUCCUGCUCUCACAUUGAGUUAAAGGGAGUUCUGAUUGUGACUUCAGUGGGAGUUAAAUCAUGCCCUAUUAAUAGUAUCAUGUUCAUACUCGUACAAACCUUGGGAUUAGAAUGCCUUGAUUCUUUGCACCUCUUUUUUUUUUUUUCAUUAACCCUUACCUGAAACUACUAAUCACUGAGCACGAACAAGCAGCUUUCUACAUACAAGUAGGAGUCUGCAGCAUUUUUACAAUCCUGAUUGGCUGGGUCUGCUGCUGUUCCAAGUACAGUACUUUGAAUUCCAUUUUAUCAAUAAAGCUUGAUUUAACAAACAAUAAAUUUAUCCAUAAAUGUGUAAUUCCUUUUUUCCUGCCUUUUAAAAUGUCAGUGCCAUUGUAAAUGAUAUUUUACUUGUGGAAGAAUAUUUUUAUUAAUUGGUAGCCCAUUUUUAAAAUGGGAAGGAUUUUGAUUAUUGCCCAAGACAUAGCCAUAUGCUAGAGGAUGAUGUGGGAUUAAUCUGUUACCCUAUUUUUUACAAGUGUGGGUUUUUUCAGGCUUUUUGUGUUGGUUUUGUUUUCUCCCCACUGAAAAUGUGCAUUGGUUUGAAUUUGCCUACUGUUUGAUAAAAAUACAUUUGUCAAAGCCUGACAAUCUUUAACAUUUUAUGGUGUGUGUUUUUAAUUGACCCACUUACUUAGAAUGAGAGACUAGUGGUUAAACAGUACUUGUGAUUUGAGAUAUAGCAUGUUGACAAUAUUUAACUGUUUGUUGUUUAAAAUUCUAAUUUAAAAUUUUAUAAGAUAAACUAAUUUGAUUUAAGCUUAGCUUUUUCCCAUUGAACAUACAAAAAUUAAGUUUUCAAGUCAGUCGUGUUUGCAAAACUGCUGUUUUGUGCACCUUGUAUUGUCUUUUUUGGUUGAGAAUUUUGUAUUUAAUAUGUAGUUUACUCAUUUAGUAGGCAGAUUCCCCAAAAGGAAAAUCAGUAAAACAAGUAGAUUGUAACAUUUACUGCAGUUAAACAGAAUCAAAACUUGGUGUAUAAUUACUUUUUGAUAGGAAAAAUGUAGUACAAUGCAUUUUGCUAUAUUUGUAUUUCCCUAACUUUGAAAUAUACCUAUUUGUAUAUAUAGCCUUAAAACUAAUGCAGAGUUAGGGAACACUGAACAGUGAAAAAGUAACUUAUAGUGUCUUGGAACUAAGUAUAGUAUAUACCAGCAAACUUUUCUUUUAUCCCUCUUGUUUAUGUGGGGUGCUUAAACGUAACUUCAUUGUAUUCAGUUUGUAAUCUGUUCAAGCAUGAAUGAAGAAAACAUAAGCACUAUUUGUAUUUAUAAAUUUAUAGCAACUUUUGCUUAAAGAACCAGUUCCUUACCUACCUAUGAAUAAAUGCUUAAAAUGUCUAAUUUUGUUGUAGAGUGCAAAACUAUAAUAAUGUUAAGUUAUAGCUUCACAGGCACCUAAUUAACAAGCAUAUUUAAUAAUACAUGGUGUAUUCGU